GACAAGGGAGGGAAGUUUUCAGAACAAGGAUAUCUGAAAAUAGAAAGGAAAAAACUAGUGGGAAAAGGAACACAAUUAAAGGUGAAAAAGAGCAAUCUGUGCAGAAGGAAGAUGAAAUGAAGAUUAAUAUUAGAAUAACUACAGGUGCAAAAAAGGAGAUGCAAGGAGAAAACCUCACCAUUUGGAGCUUUUUUUUCCUGGAGGGUUUUUCUAGAUACCCAAAGUUAGAGAUUGUUCUCUUCGCCUUCAGUCUUGUGAUGUAUCUGAUAACCCUCUUGGGCAACAGCACUCUUAUUUUAGUCACUGUCCUAGAGUCACGCCUUCAAACCCCCAUGUACUUAUUCCUCGGAAAUCUCUCUUUCAUGGAUAUUUGUUACACGUCUGCUUCUAUUCCCACGUUGCUGGUGAACUUGCUGUCAUCCCAGAAAACCAUUGUCUUUUCUGGGUGUGCUGUACAGAUGUAUCUGUCCCUUGCCAUGGGCUCCACAGAGUGUGUGCUUCUGGCUGUGAUGGCGUAUGACCGCUACGUGGCCAUUUGCAACUCACUGAGAUACCCCGUCAUCAUGAACAGGCAGGUCUGUGUGCAGAUGGCCGCUGUCUCCUGGGUGACGGGUUGUCUGACUGCCCUGCUGGAAACCACUUGCGCCCUGCAGAUACCCCUCUGUGGGAAUCUCAUAGACCACUUCACGUGUGAAAUUCUGGCCGUGCUGAAGUUAGCUUGUGCACAUUCCUUGCUCAUGGACGUGAUCAUGCUGGUGGUCAGCGUGCUCCUCCUGCCCAUCCCAAUGCUCUUAAUUUGUAUCUCUUAUUUCUUCAUCCUUUCCACUAUCCUGAGAAUCAGCUCAGCAGAAGGAAGAAACAAAGCUUUUUCUACCUGUGGUGCCCACUUGACGGUGGUGAUCUUGUACUAUGGGGCUGCCCUCUCCAUGUACCUAAAGCCUUCUUCCUCAAGCUCCCAAGAAGUAGAUAAAAUCAUUUCACUGCUUUAUGGAGUGCUCACCCCUAUGUUGAACCCCAUAAUUUACAGUUUAAGAAACAAAGAAGUCAAAGAUGCCAUGAAAAAACUAUUGUAUCGAACACAUGAAAAUCUCUGACUGGAUGCCCGCAGUUUUAUCAGAGGGGUGUGCUCCUGGCAGAGUUCCCCAUAGAAAUUCUAGACCGUACACUCACCCACAGAACACUGAUUUGACCUUGAGCCCUAUAAUUUUACAGCUGUGAGGUAUGUGUACACAGAAGUGACUGCCCGUGGACAAUAGCAGGUCCCCGUUUGCAUUUGGCAACAUUUGCUGUCUCUUGUGUUUCACGGUUGGAGAAGUUUUAGGCUGCAGAGUCCUGACACAUUGGCUCCUGAAAGAAAUUUGGAUAAAUUUACUCAGUGAAUGUUGGUGCCAGAAAAAUUUUGGAUAUGUUCUCUGCCUUAAAUCCUUUCUAGAAGGAGGUGGGACCAUAGGGAAACAAACGAAUAAUAGAGAUUGGCCUUGAUUAUGCAAACGAGAAAAUUAAAGAAAAAUUAAAAGGCUCGCUCACCAUCACACAGUUGCAGAACUGGAACUACAACCCCAUUAUCCCUUCAUCUUUGGAAACAUGUUGGACCACAGUGUGGUGGCUCCCUAACUACCGUUCCUCAUUCAGAACUCCUGAUCAGAGCUUCUGACUUUCUGAGUAAGGCAUCCAGUACUCAUCUGCCAACCUUGAUUUGCUCACCUGCCAACCUUGCCUUUCUAACCACAUUGAUAUUUGUGUAAAUUUUAUCUGUUUCUUUGCCAGUAUACCACGCAUAUGCUAA